UGGAAACCCCUUGGAGGACUGACUCUUCUCUCUCGCUCUCUACCGUCGCCGGAGAAAUUCCCCGAUUACACAAUCUGAGAACAACCGUGACGACUUCGAUUAAUCGAGUCAAUCAGGAAUUUUUUGUUAAGAUGGAGAGACGCGUCGCAAACGCCUACCCUGGUCCACCACCACCACCAGUUCCGUACUAUCAUAACAACAACUACAAUCCUCCUCCUCCUCCUCCUCAUCAUCAUCAUCAGAUUCAUCCGCCGCACCACCAUAUCGCCGCCGUUGGAUUCCACCAAUACCCGCAAACCGAGAAUCAGCGUUACAAUCAGCCGCAUUAUGAUAACCAUUACCCCGCCGCCCAACAACAACACAACAUGAUCGUUGACGCGCCGCCGUUUCCACCGAGUACUGGGUUUAGUCCUUGCGGCGUAAGCUUGAAGAAGAGACGCUCUCUGUCCGCUACCCCAGAUCCUACUGCUGAUGGUAGUAGUAUUGCCAAGCUAUAUGUUGCGCCGGUCCCAAUGACAGCAAAGGAGGACGAUGUCCGUCAGGUGUUUGAAAAAUAUGGCAAUGUCACGGAGAUCAUUCUACCCAAAGAUAAGAUGACUGGUGAACGAGCAGCUUACUGUUUUGUUAAGUACAAAAAGUUAGAAGAGGGUAGUGCCGCUAUUGCAGCUUUAACAGAUCAGUAUACCUUCCCUGGGGAAAUGGCUCCAGUCAAGGUCAGAUAUGCCGAUGCAGAACGUGAACGGACUGGGUUUUCGACAGUGCAAAUUCCAGAUAAGCUAUAUGUUAGAUGCCUCAACAGACAAACAACAAAAAUGGAAGUCCAUGAGGUGUUUUCUAGGUACGGAAUCGUUGAAGAUAUUUAUAUGGCAGUGGAUGACAUGAAGAUUAGCCGUGGGUAUGCAUUUGUUCAGUUUUCUCGUAGGGAGAUGGCACUAGCGGCAAUCAAAGGUUUAAAUGGACUCUUUACCAUGCGGGGUUCUGAUCAGCCUCUGACUGUCAGAUUUGCCGAUCCUAAAAAACCCCGUCUAGGGGAACCAAGGUCUAACUUUAACGCUCCACCAGCAAUGCAACAAUUCGAUCCAAAUUGGCAUCCACAAUCAUAUCCCCAAUGGGGAAACAAAGAACCUGCAGCCCCUAGAGUCGUUCAGCAUCAUGAUUUUGCCUCACAGCCAAAUCACUUCCCGCAGCAAAAUGCUCAAGCAGUAUCCGAGGUUCAUAAACCGCUGCAUCAAGAUAUCCUACCUCAAAAUAUUGAGAAGCACCAGAAAUCUGAGACUGCAAGCGUGGAGAAUGGAGGCGAUGGUCAGAAGAUUUCUAGUCAUUCAAAUGCAUUCCCUGAGGACCAAAAUACAGCGAGCCCUGAGUGUGAUUGGAGUGAACACACUUGUCCUGAUGGGAACAAGUAUUACUUCCAUUGUGUCACUUGCGAAAGCACGUGGGAGAAACCUGAGGAGUACUCCAUGUUUGAGAGAUGGUUCCAAGAGCAAACAAGAUCAUAAACUUGUAUCUUCCCCCGUUGAACAAUCAGAGCCAAGGGGGCAGAACCGAAGGAGGUAGAGUUUAAAGCCAUUUUGUAUAAAUACUUAGUUGGUUUAGAUGGUCUAUAGAAAAAUGUGUCAUUGUUAUU